AUGUUUUUGGAAAGGCUUGAGAGGUGUCGUGACUCAGCAACAAAACGAUUACAAAAGCUGAAAAAUUUGGAUAUGGAUACAGCAAUAACUACUACACCAAUAUUGUAUAAUAUUGAGGAAUCAAUAAUAAAACAAAUGGAUUAUAUUAUAGAACGUCGUUAUCAUAUUGAUCAAGCUGAAUUAAUUAUAGCUCAUGCAUUACGUGGUGAAGAAGAAGAUAUAAAUAUAUUGAAAUAUAUUAGCGAACGUAAACAUUCCUGUCAAUUAUGUCCAAGGCGAUUUAAUGCAUUAGUUCUUCGUAGCAUGAGACGAUCAUCACCAUUAUAUAAUUAUUAUGUUAAACAAUAUAGUGAACGUUAUAUUGGAGAAAUUAAAUAUUCUCAAUAUCCAUCAGAUUAUAUAGGACGUUUAUUACGUGAUACAAAUUGUGUAUUAACAAAUAGUUUUAAACAUCAACAGUCAAAACACAAACCAAAAAACAACAAUGGCAAGGCCAAUACCAAUGACAAUGCCAAUGCCAAUGACAAUGAUAAUGAUAAUGACAAUGAUAAUGACAAUGACAAUGAUAAUUCAACUGACGUUGAACCAAUUCAAUUUGUCAAAUUUGAAAUAGCACGACAAUUAAUUGAACAUAAUCAUCAACAAUUACAAAUGAAUAUAGAUCAAAAUAUUGAAUGUCCUAUUUGUUUUGAAAUUCAAAAGCAAUUAGAACCAUUACAUAAUGAUAUAAGACAUUCAAUAUGUAAUCAAUGUCGAAUAAACCUGGAUAUAUGUCCAUUUUGCCGACGAAAAUUAUAA